GAAAGGAGGAUAAGAGCAUACAAUGCAAUAAGAUGUGAUUUAAUAAUGACGUCGGUUCUGAAUUUGGAUAAACAUCUGUCUAUCCUAUCGAAAACUGCUAUGUGCAAAAGCUAGAUAUAUUUAUUUAUUUAUUUCGAAUUGUAUUGUGCAAGUCAUGAUAUGCAUGAAGUGUUUAACUGCACCUAAGAACUGCUUUGAAGAACUUUGACGAAAAUGGCAGAGACACAAAACGACAAUAUAUACGAUUCAAUAAUCAUGUAUUAUGAAGAACGGGCUAAAAAAUGCCAGACAUUUUUACAACAUCCCAACGUUCGUAAAUUUAUUCUCAGAUUUAAGGAGCAGUUAGCCCACAAUCCGUUUCUGCAGGUGGCUACCUGCACUGCAUUAGCGUCGCUUCUUGUACCUAUCUUCUUGUUUAUUAUAUUUGGUAUCGUCAGUGCUGUAUUCGUAUUUAUUGGUUUUAUGAUAGUUCAAGGGACAAUAUUGGCUAUUGGCGCGAGUAUUUUAAGCUGUGUACUUUUCUGCAUCAUAAGUACUAUUAUAAUGGUAGGAUUAUUUAUUCUUUGUGUUUAUUAUACAUUGUAUUAUACGAACCGUGCGUUUAAUCUUUUGGUCUCUAAAAUCGAAUAA